AUGAAGGUUGCUGGACUUUUCUGGCUUCUGCCAGCUUUUGUUGCUGCCCAGUCCCCCACUACUGCAACUCUGUCCCCAUGGCAGACUGGAGAGGUCACUCCUGAUGGUACCUGUGGAGGGGACACUGGUUUCGUCUGCAGCCCUAUCUGGGGUGCUUGCUGCUCCAAGGACGGCCAGUGCGGCCGAUCCAGCAAAUUUUGCGGAGAAGGCUGCCAAAGCAAGGCUGGAAACUGCAAUGCUGCUGCCCCUGCUCCCGAAGUUCCCCUAGGCCCUGGAAGCGUCUCUCCUGACGGUUCUUGUGGCGGCACAAACAAGUUCGUUUGUGGUGGUAGCGCCUUUGGCGACUGUUGUUCAACUCAAGGCUGGUGUGGUAACUCUACGGCCCAUUGCGGUAACAACUGUACCCCCGACUUUGGCAAAUGUGGUCCUCCCAGCAAUAUCACCUUUGACGGCCAGUGUGGCGCAAAUGGCAAGAUCUGUCUCGACUCUGGUUUUGGCGAUUGCUGCUCCAGUACCGGCUGGUGUGGAGACAAGGUCGAUCAUUGCGGUGCUGGUUGUCAGAAGGGCUUCGGCAACUGUACUUUGACCAAUGCUGGAGAUAUUUCCACUGAUGGUUUCUGUGGAAAGAAUGGAAAGACUUGCAAGGGCAGCACAUUCGGUGACUGCUGCUCCAAGGAAGGCUACUGUGGCAAGGAUGGCCAUUGCGAUGCUGGAUGCCAGUCCAAGUUUGGUUCCUGCAAGGCUGACUCGGGCAGUGCCUCAACCGACGGUCGUUGCGGAAGUUUCAACGGCAAGACUUGCAAGGGCAGCACAUUCGGUGACUGCUGUUCCGUUGGCGGCUGGUGUGGCGACAAGAAGGAUCACUGUGAUGCAGGCUGUCAGUCCAAGUUCGGUACCUGCAACAGCGAAGCCAGCAAUAUCUCGACCGAUGGCUUCUGCGGUAAGAACGGCAAGACUUGCAAGGGAAGCACUUAUGGUGAUUGCUGUUCCGCUCAGGGCUACUGUGGCAAGACCAAUCACUGCGACGCAGGUUGCCAGAGUGACUUUGGUACUUGCAACGCUGGCUCCGGCAGUGUUUCUACUGAUGGAAGCUGUGGCAAGAAUGGAAAGACUUGCAAGGGCAGCGUAUUUGGAGACUGCUGCUCUCAACAUGGAUAUUGUGGGAAGGGUGACGAUUUCUGCCGCACCGGCUGUCAGAAGGCCUUUGGACUCUGCCCCGGCAUCUCGGCCGACGCUGAGUGUGGUUCCAGGAACGGCAAGACUUGUGCUGGAUCUGGUCUCGGAAACUGCUGCUCUUCGAAUGGAUUCUGUGGAAGCACCGCUACUCACUGUGGUCAGGGCUGCCAAAAGGGUGCUUCCAGCGCCUGUCUUACUAAGGACAUUCCUUCCCUCGACAGCACUUGCGGUAGCAAGGUUGGUCUUACAUGUGCUGGCGGUCCUUUUAAUGGCCAGUGUUGUGGCUCUUCUGGCUUUUGUGGAACAACUAGCAUCCAUUGUGGUUCAGGAUGUCAAAAGGGUUUCGGUCGCUGCAAUUAG